CGCCCCCCCAGCCGCGCCACCAGCCUGGAGCUGCCCAUGGCCAUGAGAUUCCGGCACCUCAAGAGAACGGCCAAGGAGGCCGUCGGCGUCUAUCGGUCGGCCAUCCACGGGCGGGGCCUGUUCUGCAAGCGGAACAUCGAGGCCGGCGAGAUGGUGAUCGAAUAUUCCGGGAUCGUCGUGCGCUCCGUCCUCACCGACAAGAGGGAGAAGUUCUACGACAGCAAGGGCAUCGGGUGCUACAUGUUCCGCAUCGACGAGGCCGAGGUGGUGGACGCGACGAUGCACGGCAGCGCCGCGCGCUUCAUCAACCACUCGUGCGAGCCCAACUGCUACUCGCGGGUCAUCCACGUCGAGGGCCACAAACGCAUCGUCAUCUUCGCCCUGCGCCGCAUCCUGCGCGGCGAGGAGCUCACCUACGACUACAAGUUCCCCAUCGAGGAACCCGCCGCCAAGCUGCCCUGCAACUGCGGCGCCCGCCGCUGCCGCCGCUUCCUCAACUGACCUCGGGGGGGGUCGGGGGGGACAAAAAAAGGGGGUUGGAGAGAAGUUAUGGGGGGAUGAAAGGGUUUUGGAGGUGGAGGGUGGUGGAGGGGGUGAUGGAGGAGGUUGUGGAGGGCGUCCGGUCAACCGGGAGGCGUGGGGGUCAACCAGGAGGCGUGGGGGUCAACCAAGAGUCUUGGAGGUCAACCAAGAGUUUUGAAGGUCAACCAAGAAUCAUGGAAGUCAACCAAGAGUCAUGGAGGUCAACCAGAAGUUGUGGAGGUCAACCAAGAGUUGUAGAAGUCAACCAAGAGUCGUGGAGGUCAACCAAGAGUGGUGGAGGUCAACCAAGAGUGGUGGAGGUCAACCAAGAGUCAUGGAGGUCAACCAAGAGUUACAAAGGUCAAUCAAGAAUCAUGGAAGUCAACCAAGAGUCUUGGAAGUCAACCAAGAGUGGUGAAGGUCAACCAAGAAUCAUGAAGGUCAACCAAGAGUUACGAAGGUCAACCAAGAGUCAUGGAGGUCAACCAGGAGUCUUGGGGGUCAACCAAGAGUCUUGGGGGUCAACCAGGAGCUGUGAAGGUCAACCAAGAAUCAUGGAAGUCAACCAAGAGUUUUGGAGGUCAACCAAAAGUGGUGGAAGUCAACCAAGAAUCAUGAAGGUCAACCAAGAGUCUUGGGGGUCAACCAAGAGUCCUGGAGGUCGACCAGGAGUUAUGAAGGUCAACCAAGAAUCAUGAAGGUCAACCAAGACUUGUGGAGGUCAACCAAGAGGUUUGAAGGUCAACCAGAAGUUGAGUUUCUCCCAAAGCCCCCCCCCAGGCCCCCCCCCCCGACCGCCACCCUUGGCCCCCCCCCCCCCCCCCCCCGCGGCCCCCCCCCCCCCCCCCCCCAGCCCCUCCCCCCCUCCCCCGGUGGGUCCAGCCCCUCCCCGCGCGGCACUUUUUGGGGGCGGUUUGUUAUUUUUUGGGGUGUAUUUUUUUGGGGGGUGGGGUUUCGGGUUUUGUAUGUUAAUUUAAAGGCGGCGCCAGCCCCGCCCACAAUAAAGACUCUGAUUGGUC